CUCCUCCAGUGCAUCCCCCGCACUGGUUUCCUGGCUUCCCCUUCAUCCCUGUCUCCCCUUUGGGUUUCCCUCUGAGCCUGACACCGGGUGACGCCCACAGGGACUAGACGAUUUCAUUCCGGUCUGUUCCGAACCCCGAGUGCGCCCCAGAGAACGUCUCUGCUACCACCCAGCCUUAUCCUUGGCCCGCACGCUCUCCGCUUUCCAUGACUGACCCCCGUGCAGUGACUUUCCCAAGACAUCUGGGAGGGGAUAUGGAGCUCCAGGGUUGAGUGGAAUGAAUGCCUCAGGACGUCUGGGCUGUGCCAACCCAUGCGUUCUGGCUGUCUUUCCUCUUCGCUGACUCUUUGCUGGAUGACAUCAGCGGAGUGUGCCGUCCUCAGUGUGGGCUGCCCUACCCUGCUCCAGCCCUCCCACCGGGCACACUCGUGUUGAUGGGGAGGAGGCAGAAGAGAGGGCAAGGUGGACUGGGCAGUUGGUGUAGACGGUGGUCAAUGCUCUUGGGGAAGGGAGACUCCUAGGCCUUCGCGGUGCCCUUGCAGCCGCUCUUCCGAAAUGCAGCAGGCUCUAGGCACCUGGACAUCCGGAGGAACUCCUGGAUUCCAGGCUGAGGGCCUUGAAGAAAGAACUGGAAGACUAUGAGGUGUUCCGGUCUACGGAAGAGAGGGAGAGCAAGGAACUGUUGAAGCAGAUGGCAGCAGAGAGAGAGAAGGUCGGGGCAGAGUUCCAGGCUCUGCGGGCCUUCCUGGUGGAGCAGGAGGGCCGGCUCCUGGGCCGCCUGGAGUUGCUUUCCCGGGAAGUGACUCAGAAGCAGAACGAGAACCUGGCCCAGCUGGGGGGUGACAUCACUCAGCUCUCCAGGCUCAGCAGUCAGAUCCAGGAGACAGUGCAAAAGCCAGACCUCGACUUCCUCCAGGAAUUCAAAAACACACUGAGCAAGUGCAACAGUGUGCUUGGCCCCAAGCCAACCACAGUCUCAUCAGAGAUGAAGAAUAAAGUUUGGAAUGUUUCCCUCAAGACUUUUGUAUUAAAAGGGCUGCUGAAGAAGUUCAGAGAGGAUCUCCAGGGAGAGCUGGAGAAGGAGGAGAAAGUGGAGCUGACCUUGGACCCCAACACAGCCAACCCUCGCCUCAUCCUCUCCCUGGAUCUAAAGAGCGUGCGCCUUGGACAGCGGGCCCAGGACUUGCCUAGCCAUCCCCACCGCUUUGACACCAACACCCGCGUCCUGGCAUCGUGCGGUUUCUCCUCUGGACGACAUCACUGGGAGGUGGAGGUGGGCUCCAAGGACGGCUGGGCCUUCGGGGUGGCCCGGGAGAGCGUGCGUCGGAAGGGCCUCACUCCCUUCACCCCGGAGGAGGGUGUCUGGGCUCUGCAGCUCAACAACGGGCAGUACUGGGCCGUCACCAGUCCGGAGCGGACACUCCUCAGCUGUGGGCACCUGUCGCGUGUGCGCGUGGCACUAGACUUGGAGGUGGGGUCCGUGUCAUUUUACGCUGUGGAGGACAUGCGUCACCUCUACACCUUCCGGGUCAAUUUCCAGGAGCGAGUGUUCCCCCUUUUCUCUGUUUGUUCCACUGGCACCUACUUGCGAAUCUGGCCUUGAGGGGCCUUUGCCUGGUCUCCGUGGAGGGGAUGAGUCAGACCUGGGUGAACUUCUGCUCCUUGGCAUGGAGCCACCAGCUCCAUCUUGGGCCUGCCCUCCACACUCCUGCCCAGGAGGGCUGCAUACCAUGGGAGGCACUGAAGACAGACUCUGGGCAGUGCAGCAGGGAAAGAGACGCCUCGAAUCCUUGGCACGCGUCCUCUCCCUGCUAGGUUCCUGCUGGUUUGCUCUGAGCUGUGAAAUGGUGGAUGCUCAGGAGGACCCAAGUCUGGCUCUUGACGGGGCUGCUCCGUUCACAGGGCGCUUCACUGACCUACAGUAACCUUUGGUUUCUUGGAAUAAUGUCAAACUCUGGUCCUGCAAGGGGCCAGAUCCGGCCAUGGGCCACCCAGGUUACCACUUUGCCUUCUUGACUGCUGCCAGUUUUGCCUUGAGAGGCCAUCGGACCUUUGGAUCCAGCUGGUCUGACCAGGCUGCGGGCGUUCUACUCAGGGAGGAGUGCCAUUCCGCCAGCUCAGAAGACAGACAGAGUGGAAAAGGCCAGCAUACAAGCCUGCAGGCGGCGCUGUCCUCCAGCACUCCUGAGAUGAGCACGCCCUUGACCACAGUGACAACCAGCCCGAGUCCUCAUAGGUACCUAGCCUGACAUUUUCUGAUGUCAGAGUACAGACAGCCUCCUCUGGGUAAGGAGAUCAAAGGUUCUGGAACUGUAAAACACAGUUUGACGCUUAGAAAGUUACAGAUACAUGAGCUGGAGAGAUGGCUCAGCAGUUAAGGCACUUGCCUGCAAAGCCUGAGGCCCUACAUUUGUUUUCACAUUACCCACGUGAACUAGAUGCACUAAGUGGUAGGUGCGUCUGGAGUGUCUUUGCAGUGCCAGGAAGCCCUGGCACAUCCAUACUCACUCUCUUUGUGUCUGCCUCUCUCUCGUCUCUCAAAUAAAUACAUAAAAUUAAAAAGAACUUUACAGAUGCAACUAGCACUGGCGCAGAAAUACCCAAGAUACAAACAUGGUGCUGACAACCCUUUUCUGGAACUUUCCAUAUGUUUGCCAACAGUAGAGAACAUCCCGGUGCUCAAGACUGGUCAAGCUCUGCCUGAGGGGGCUGCAGCAGGCCAGCCCCCUCACCCUCUGGGCUGACUCAGCUCUCAAGCAACGGGGCUUCUGGAAGAACAGUUGUAGGCUAGCCUCUGCUUGGUGCUCUUCCCUGAGAAGGGGGAGGGGAAAUGGAAAUACAUAUUUUUGAGCACA